UUAAGUAAGUGAUCGGGACCUAACAUAAUUCCUAUAUUACAGUAAAUAAUACAACUAACCCUUACUAAAUGGCACCAAAUUCGUGCAUCUAAUUAAUUUGGUUCUUAUUGGAGUCUUUAAUUUCGUUUAUAUCCCCCCCAAAAAAAAAAGAAAAGAGAAAGGACAAAAAGAAGAGAAAAACUUUAUAUUUUAUGUUUGGAUCAGCAGAUUAGCUGAACCUGUUAAUUCUUGCAGUGGACAGAUACAAGAAGACUGCAGUGUACAGCUCCCACCUCUUAAAACCAACCUUUCUGCGGAGCAUUCAUUCAUUUAUUCAAUUCGUGUGCCCGACUUACCUGCUAGUGCUAAUACACACAGUUACACACACCAUGUAGAGAGAGAAAGUAUGUAUAUAAUUGUGUAUAGAGAGAGAGAGAGGGCCCAAAAACAACCAUCCGUACGCCGUUGCCAUUUAAGCCCCCCACCGUCCCUACUUACACGUGCCAUUCACGUGCCUAUAAAAUCCUCUACGUGCCUCUCUUUCCUUCUCGUGACAUCUCUUUUUCCUUUCCAUCGCAAUUCUCUCCUCAGUUCUGAAAGGAAACAUUCAUUUAAAUCCCUCCCACCGGUCAAUUAAAUACUAUGCGCAACCCACCACCCACCACCUCUCUCUCAAAAAAUUUCACCUAUCAAGUGACCUCAUCAGCGACACCACCAGUCAAUCCACAUUUUCUCUCUUUCUCUCUCUAAAAUGUCUCUUUUAUAUCCUCCACCGCCACUGGUCACCGACGUCGGAGGCACAACCACCGUGGAGCUACCUCAACCUCAACUCAACCACAGCGGCAAUAACGCCGACGAGUCGGCGUCGUCGUCUUCGUCUUCCACCGUCAUUGUGAUAAUCGUCAUCGCCUCCGUCGUCAUCGUCUCCGCCUCUCUCUACCUCCUCCUCCGCUUCUUCAGUCGCCGCUGCCACCGCUCGUUCCGUACGUACUCCGUCGCUGAUGACGUCGUCUCCCCCGGCCAAGACGACUCGCACCGCGACCGCUCUGCACAAGGCGUCUCCGUGGCCCACAGUGAUCUCAUCGAGUCUCUGCCGCUCUUCUCCUUUGGUUCCGUCACCGGCAACGUCGCCGGUGGCGAUUGUGCCGUAUGUCUGUCGAAGUUUGAGCCAAAUGAUCAGCUGCGAUUACUUCCGGUGUGUUGUCACGCCUUUCACGCGCAGUGCAUCGACACGUGGCUUGUGUCGAAUCAGACUUGUCCUCUGUGCAGGUCCACGGUACGUCCUACAGACUCGGACGUACUGAAUAAAAUACUCUCAUCGUCAUCAGCGGUCGAAGAUGGCGGCAGUACCAGUUUUCGGAUAGAGAUUGGCAGUAUAAGUCGGCGGCGAGCUGCGUCAGAUUCCGGCGAUGGUCGGAGGUCCUACUCGGUGGGAUCGUUCGAGUACAUUGUGGACGAUGGCUAUGAGGUGUCCAUAGAGUCCACACACCGGCGAGGAGUCUCCGAUUGUAGCUCUGUCGACAAGGAUUUAACCGCCGCGACUCAGCCGCAGCCGCCGGGAGAGCACUUAGUUUUCGAUGUCGCCGGCGGACGCAGUUGGCUGAGAGAGUACUUGGAUCGAUUCAAUCUCUCAUCACGCGCGGUUUCGUUUGGGAGCUCCGGCAGGUUCUUCACUGGAAGUAGUCGCCGGAGCGACACCGUCGUUCCUGUAGAGGAUUUAGAGGCCAACCGCGUCGGAGAAGAGAUCAGCGAAUUGUUUCGCUGGUUAUCAGGAGUAUGAUCUGUAAAUUCAGUCCCAACUCAGGGGUAAUUUCGUAUUAUUCUUUACUAUUCUCAUUACUACCAGGUCACAUUCCUACAUCCACUCGUCUUUUAAUCUGGAUGUAGCAAAAAUUAGACAAUCAUAUACUUAGUCAAUUUUUGCUCAAAUUACUUGUCAAUAGUUUAUAAUUUUCAAGAUUACAAAUUUUCCCACUAUUUUUGUUA